CCAACGCCAACAUUAAUAACAAAGCAGCCCACACUACUAACUGAACAGCUCCGCCACAACCCUGUGGAAAACGAUGACGUUUCAUGACUAUUCUAUCACUUUCCUCGGACUAUCACUUCUUUGCUUUCUUUCGCCGGCAACAUCCUCCGCCGAUUAUAUCCCGUCAACGUUGGACGGACCGUUUGUUCCGGUGACGGUUCCGUUAGACACAUCUCUCCGGGGAAAGGCAAUCGAUUUGCCUGACACCGAUCCUCGUGUCCGCCGCCACGUCACCGGUUUCGAGCCGGAGCAGAUUUCUCUAUCUCUUUCCUCCGAUUUCGACUCCAUAUGGGUCUCUUGGAUCACAGGUGAGUUCCAAAUCGGAAAGAACGUGAAGCCAUUAGAUCCGACAAGUAUCGACAGUAUUGUCCAGUUCGGUACUUUGAGACACUCACUGAGUCAUGAAGCCAAAGGAACAUCACUUGUUUAUAGUCAACUUUACCCUUUUGACGGUCUCCUCAACUAUACUUCUGGAAUCAUACACCAUGUUCGCAUUACAGGGCUGAAACCAAGUACUGUCUAUUACUAUCGAUGCGGAGAUCCUUCACGACACGCUAUGAGCAAGAUACACCAUUUCAGGACAAUGCCUGUUUCUAACCCCUCGAGUUACCCUAGCCGAAUAGCAGUUGUGGGUGAUCUUGGUCUCACUUACAACACAACAGAUACAGUUAGCCAUUUGCUUCAGAACUCUCCGGACCUUGUUUUACUGAUCGGUGACGUGAGCUACGCGAACUUGUACCUAACGAACGGGACUAGCUCAGAUUGUUACUCUUGCUCAUUCCCGGAUACGCCUAUACACGAGACGUAUCAGCCGCGUUGGGACUAUUGGGGUAGGUUUAUGGAGACUCUGACUUCGAAAGUUCCUUUGAUGGUGGUCGAAGGAAACCACGAGAUCGAGUUACAAGCCGAGAACAAGACGUUCGAAGCUUAUAAGUCAAGAUUCGCUUUUCCAUUUAAAGAAAGUGGCUCUUCUUCUAAGCUUUAUUUUUCUUUUAACGCCGGUGGGAUCCACUUUGUGAUGCUCGGUGCCUACGUCGCCUUUGAGAAACCAGGCGAGCAAUACGAGUGGCUAAAGAAGGAUCUGGCUAAGUUUGAUAGAUCGGUGACUCCGUGGUUGGUAGUAUCAUGGCAUCCACCUUGGUAUAGCACUUACACAGCGCAUUACAGAGAAGCUGAGUGUAUGAAAGAAGCUAUGGAGGAGUUGCUUUACUCUUACGGUACCGACAUUGUCUUCAACGGACAUGUCCAUGCUUAUGAACGGACGAACAGAGUUUACAACUACGAACUAGACCCAUGCGGUCCAGUUUACAUAGUGGUUGGUGAUGGAGGUAACCGCGAAAAAAUGGCGAUCGAGCACGCAGAUGAACCCGGUAAAUGUCCCGACCCGCUAACCACGCCGGAUCCAGCAAUGGGUGGGGAGUUUUGCGGUUGGAACUUCACCAGGACUGGUAAGUUCUGCUGGGACCAGCAGCCUGAGUAUAGUGCAUUGAGGGAAAGCAGCUUCGGCCAUGGAAUAUUAGAGGUGAAGAAUGAUACAUGGGCACUAUGGACAUGGUAUAGGAACCAAGAUUCGAGUAGUAAAGUAGGAGAUCAGAUUUACAUUGUGAGAGAACCUGAUCGAUGUAAUGGUUACAACCGUCUUGUUGACCAUUGCUAAGCUCAAAGUUUGGUCUUUUUUGUAUGUAACAAGUAUGAACAUUUAUCCAAAUAAAAAAAUAAU